AUGUCCUUGCAUAUCUUACCUGAUGUUAAUUUACCUCCAUCAUUAGAAGAAUCAGAAAAUAAAUCCAAUUCUAUUUUUGGAAAAUGCUUGGAAUGUGGCAAAGAAAGAAUCAGAAGCUGGAUAGAUGCCAUUGAUAGUCCUGAUCCAUCCAAACUAUCUGAGCAAUUUGAACUUUCUGAAGAAAACAUAAUUUCAAGCUUUCAUACGGAAAUGAUCCAUCCUGAAGCUUUUUAUACAAGCAGGAUUUUGUAUUUCUCUGAAUUAUAUAAAUUAUAUAAUGAUCAACUUUUGUAG